AUGGCCUUUACGAAACUCAGCGUAGCUGUAAAUUGUUAUUGGCCACCGCCAUCAGAUGCCACAACAUUUCAAGUGAUUCGUUUCAAGUUCUUCAGAUAUCUAGGGAUAAUCAGCACAGCGAUGCAAAUGGUACCGCUAGUAUAUACGAUGUACAUCCUCAGAAACGAUACGAUCACUGUUACUAAACUGGCCUGCUUCGUUAUAAGUGUUGCGCACGUCUUGAGCCAGGCGUUCUUCUGUAUUGCUCAUCACGAACGACUCCAGGUAUACCUCGAAUAUAUGGCCGAUUUCUGCGCGAAAGCACAAUCUUACGAAAGAGAGAUUCUACAACGAUACGUCGACAAGUAUAAGACUUUUUAUGCGCUGUCUGCGUUUUGGUUUUACGUUACCGCGACCGCGUUCAUCGUUGGAGCUCUCUUGCGUCCAGAACCAUUUCCUAUAGAGGUAGUAUACCCCUUUGACGUCGACUACGAGCCUGUAAAGACAGUGAUCUUCCUCCACCAAACCUAUUUUGGUAUUCAAUGUUCUGCGAUGACGUGCGGCAAUGCAUUUGCUACGAUGCUGUUAAUAUUCGUCGCAGCGCAAUUUGAGAUUGUAACGGUGGAACUGCGGGCCGUUGAAAAUGUCGAAAUGUUGAAAACACCAGUUGGUGUAAAAGCGCAGUUCAUAUUCAUGGCUGGGACUGCAUUAUUGGAAGUCUUCAUAUGUUCGUGGCCAGCUGACAACAUGGUGGAAGUGAGUACCAACACUAUGCAAACCGUGUACGAAUCCAUGUGGUACAAUAAGGAUUUGAAAAUGCACAAAAUGGUCCUCCAUUCGUUACUCCCUCAAACGCCAGUGGCUAUCAGUUUCCCUUGCAUCGUCCCGGUUAUGUCAUUGAAAUUUUUUUGUUCGUACGUCUCGAAUGCGUUUAGCCUGUUCACUGCUUUACGAGUUAUGUUGAACGAUUGA